UGGGCGGUUUCCGCUCUCCCGCCUAUUUUAUGGUCGUUGACGGUGGUGUGAGGGAAAGCGGAGCCGGGAGGAGUGAGCGAGAAUUGUAGGGCGAAGGAGUUGCCGCUGCCGGCCGAGAUGGUAUCGCUGCUGCCGCGCAUCGAGCGGCUGUCGUCGCGGGUGGUGCGGGUGCUUGGCUGCAACCCGGGGCCCAUGACUCUGCAGGGCACCAACACCUACCUGGUGGGCACCGGGCCCAGAAGAGUCCUUAUUGACACUGGGGAACCAUCUACUCCAGAGUAUAUUGGCUGUUUAAAGCAGGCACUGUCAGAGUUCAACAUCUCAAUUCAAGAAAUUUUAGUGACACACUGGCAUCAUGAUCAUACUGGUGGAAUACCUGAUAUCUGCAAAAACAUCCCUAAUGACUCUGAAUAUCGCAUCUGUAAACUUCCUCGUGUUCCUCACAGUGAAGAAGUAAUAGAAGGAGGACAUAAAUAUUUUUAUCUUAAAGAGGGAGAUGUGGUAGAGACAGAGGGAGCCACACUCAGAGUUUUAUAUACACCUGGACACACUGAUGAUCACAUGGCUUUACAUCUAGAAGAGGAAAAUGCUGUAUUUUCUGGUGACUGUAUUUUAGGAGAGGGAACAACAGUAAUUGAAGACCUGUAUGACUACAUGAAAACUUUGAGAAGGUUGUUACAAAUGAAACUAGAUUUAAUAUAUCCAGGUCAUGGCCCAGUAGUACGUGAUGCAAAUGCUAGAAUCCAAAGCUACAUUUCUCACCGAAUUGCACGUGAACGGCAAAUUCUAAGUGCUUUACAGAGUAAUCCUGGAAAAUCAUAUACAUCAUCGGAGCUUUUAGAGAUAGUAUACAAGGAGAUUCCUGAGAAUUUGCUUCGAGCAGCAGAAAGUAACCUCCUGGUUCACUUGAAGAAGUUGGAAAAAGAAGGAAAAGUGUUACAUGAGACGUCUCCCAACUUCAGAUGGAGGAACAACUUAUAAGUUACAGAAGAUUGCUCAAGAGUAUUUUUAAUCUGCACAUGAAAAAAUAUAAUGAUGAGCUCAGAUGGUAUAUAAAAUAAAUUAAUUCUUCCUUCUGUUUUUUAAAAAAGUGGUAACACAAUUUUAAAGCAAUGUUACAGUCUGUUAACUAAUGCUUUUCAUACUCUUCUAUAAGGGAGUUUUAAAGAUAAACUGAUAGGUACUGAGUUAAUAAAGUGGAAUGGGUAUGAAGAACUGAGUCUUACCACUGUUAGAAAAUACUCAGCUUUAGCACUGGGGGUAGAAGACAAGUAGCAAAGUCUUGUAAACUUAAUAUUACAAAGUAAUAUUAUAAAUGUAAUAAACCAGAUAGAUAAAAACAUCUCUAGUAAGAAGCAUAGAAAAGAUGCUUUUCUAAAUAUGUUCUUAUUUGCUUGUGAUUUUCAAAAAAAUAUUUUCUUAUAAGUUAUCUGUACAUUCUAAAAACCAAGUUAUAUUUGUUAACAUGUAUAAAUACUGGCAUUUAUAUUCCUUUUCUGAUUUAGCUGCCUGUACACAUCCUUGCUGGUUCCUUGCCGCAAUACGUUUUAACAAAAUCUUCUGUUUUCUGGUGGAAGUAUCACUUCUAUGGAAUGCUUAAAGGAUUCAUUAAUUUUAACCAAUGGAUGUCAAAACACACAGACUCUUCAGUUCUUUAUCUUACAAGACUCUGCAAGGAUAUGAUUAAAAUCUGUAUAGAGAUGGCUUACACACUGUAUGAAGUUAAGUUUGUCUACCACUUUAUAACAAGCUUCACGUUUUGCUGUUAAAUCCAUUUAAACCACUGUAUUUACUUGUAAGAUACUGGAUUGUGUAUUAAAAUACAGUGUUUGAAUAUCUAUUUAAA